AUGCCUGCUGUUGUUGGAUGUAUCGACUGCACUCUUAUAAAAAUUGAUGCGCCUAACAAUCACGAAGACCGUUUUAUUGACCGCCAUGGAAAUCAUUCCAUAAACUGUAUGUUGGUGUGUGGGCCUGAUCUUCGAUUUUAUUACUGCAGUGCUAAAUGGCCCGGUAAAGUACACGAUGCUCGUGUCUUACGAAAUAGUAUUCUCUAUGAAAAAAUGGAAAAUGGUUGGCGCCCACAUCCAAGAUCAGUGCUUUUGGGUGAUUCGGGCUACCCUCUUAAAGAAUGGCUUAUUACUCCUAAGUGUAAUAAUUUAGAAGAUCCUGCCGUGCGCAAUUUUAAUAGGGCUCAUAAACGAACAAGAUGUUUAGUUGAAAAUUCAAUAGGUAUAUUAAAGGAAAAGUUUCCUUGCCUCAAUCAUUUGAGAGUACAGCCUAUUUACGCCUGUAAUAUAAUUAAAACAUGCGUUUCAAUUUGUAAUUUGACCACAAACACACAUGAACUCUUAAACCAACCCAGCAGUGACCAAAACUUUAAUGAAGGUGAUCCAACGAACGAAAUGCUAAUACAACCAUCAACAUCCGGGAUAAUAAGACAACAAGAACUUGUAAAUUCAUUUAGAUAA